AAGCAGUCGAAUCGCUCCGCGAAAAUCUGUAACGGGUUCAGUCUAUUCUCAUGCCUUGCCCGUGAUGCUAUCUCAAAAAACUACCCCAAUCUCAGCAAUCAUUCGUCUUAGAUGAUUUUUAGAGAUUUAUUCACACCUAAAUAGUCGACAUGAGGUAGGAGAUAAUCAUGUACGUCGACAAAUCCAUGCACGCAUACAUCCGAUAUGGUAACCAUACUGCGUAUGUUGAACAUACAAUGACUCAUUUUGUUUCAAUGUCGAGAAACACUGACGACAAUCGUUACUGACCGUACAAUUGCAUCUUCUUGUAUGGAACUUUACAAUCGAUUCGCUCAUACUUCCCAUCGAAAACUAUUCAUAAUACAAGCACAACAGUUUCUUACUGAUAUUCAACAUGAAUCAAAAACAUCGAGAUGUGAUAGAUAUGUACUGUGAAAUUCUAGUACCUAGAAUAAAUAUAAACACGUUAUGGCCAAAGUUAUUGGAAAAUAAAAUUUUUAAUAGAGACGAUGUAAACGUACCACGUUGGAAGGAGACACUCGCAGACAAUUCGACUACACAGGACAUAUAUUUGACUAUUAAAACACGAGGACCGUACGCGUUCAAUCGUUUCGUCAAAAGUUUAAGACAAAGUGGACAUGAAAGUUUAGCUGACAUUUUGGAGGGAAAAAAAGUUACAUUUUUAGAGAAUGAAUUGAAUACAACAACUAUUAGUAAGGAUAAUGAUAUAAAUAAUGAGACUAUUCAAGAGAGAACUUUUAAGUCAACCAAAGAAGGGAUACAAGACAAUUUUUUCUACCAUAUGCAGUUGUCAGAAGUACCUCUACAAAUUAAAGUACGGAAGGCUACAAAAUUUUUAGAUGGACCUGUGUAUGAAAAUGUUCAAAGAUACCCAAUGCGGAGUAAACCUCGUGGAUUGGUUUUAAUAGUUACAAACAUUCAUUACAAGUAUUCCACUCAAGAUCCUAGAUAUUCGGCAGCUCUUGACGAAAAGAAUGUCAAGCACCUUUUUGAACAGAUGGGAUUUCAGGUCAUUCCUUACACCGAUUUAACUAAAAAGCAAUUUAUGGAGAACAUGAGGGAAUUCUCUCAACGCAAAGAUUUACGAAAAGUCGAUUCAUGUUUUGUCGUCGUUAGUAGUCAUGGUAACAUAAAUUCGCAGUACGAGAUUACUGAAAUAGAGUGUGUGGAUAAUAAUUAUGAGAGUGAACUACAAAAUGACAAAAACGUUUUGUGCAAAGAUAUUCUGGAUUACUUUAUUGCAGAAGUUUGUCCCCAUCUUGCUGGAAAGCCAAAGAUCUUCAUUUUUCAAUUAUGUAGAGGGAAAAAAGUACAGAAAUCGAUAAGAGAACCACGACACACAACCGAUAUAUCUAAUUUUCAUUCGACGGAUGAAAUGAUCAAUUCUAAGAUGAAUUGUAACGAGACAAUAAGAAAUUAUGCGGAUAUAUUAGUGGCCCAGGCUACUCUUCCAGAACAUGUAGCUUUCCGAGAUAAAAUAACUGGAAGUUGGUUCCUCCAAAUUUUAUGCGAAGUAUUUAUGAAUUAUGCGCAUAAAACUCAUGUUCAGGACUUAUUUAACAUGGUGGACGAACGAUUAAAAAUACAAAGAACAAUAAACGACGAAUGUCAAACUUCGAUAGUAACAUCAGUAGGAUUUAAUAAACAUUGUUUCCUGAAUCCAGGCCUUUUCGAAGAAACAUAGUCUAGUGCUAAUGAUAAAAUAGCCAUUCGAACAAUUAUAAAUCUAUUAUUUUCAUAUUCGUUUAUUAUGAAUCAUCUAUGGAAUCAAAUGAAUUUUAUUCACCCAUCAAUGUUGGGUUUUCAUUAUGUACUUUUUAUUAUAUUUUAUAGAAUUGAUCAAGAAAUAUAUAAAUUUGUAUGCACAA